AUGUGCAAGUCGGACUACGCUAAGCAGAGGCGGGCGACAGCCGAUCAGGAGUGCUCAUCCACGGGAAAUGGUACAGGUGGCACGGGAGGAAACCGUGCCUCCACGUCCACAGGGGGAGAGCCGCCAACGCGUCGCGCUCGGCAGCGAGAUAUCCGUGAAAUGUCGGAUGAAGUUGCGCAGACUCGGCUGGAUUACCUGUGGGCUGCUGCAGUUGCCGAGAAAGAUCUCGCCUUCAACGUCAGCAAGUCGAAGUUGAUCCAGGCCUUCGUUGACGCAGUGAUCGUGUACGCUAAACCGUACACCCUCCCCACCCCGUACAAGGUGUCCGGCCCGCUGCUCGAGAAGCUGAAGGCGGGCUCGGAGGACCUUGUGCGGCUGCUGAAGGACAGCUCGAAGACAAGCGGGUGCACGCUCUCCAUCGAUGGGUGGACAUGCAUCGAAUCCCGCGGUUUGGUGUGUGUAAUCGCGCUUAAUGACACUGCACCCGUCAUCAUCGACAUCGUCGAUUCGAAGACCGCGAAAAAAACCGGGGACUACUUGGCGGGUCUAAUUGAGGGAGCGAUCAAGACGGUGGGGCCGAAGCAUGUCGUCCAAGUCGUGAUGGACAACGCUUCGAAGAACAAGAACGCCGCCAACAAGCUACGCCUGGAGUAUCCGCAUAUCUUCUUCACCAACUGCGCCGCCCACUGCCUAGAUCUCAUGUUGCACGACAUCGGCAAAAUCCCUGCUAUAAAGCGCGUCCUUGCGCAGGUGCACAGCGUAGUGAUGAUGAUCGAAGGCUGCGCUUCAGCCGUCGUGUUGUUCCGUGAGCUUUUUACCAAGCUCUCGUUGGUGCGGCCGGGUGCAACGAGAUUCGGCACCCAGGUCAUCAUGCUCGGCAGGUUCUUGGAGGUGAAGCGCGCGUUAAGAGUGAUAGUAAUCAGCGAGGAGUGGGAGGGUGUGGUGGUGGCACGGACGAAGGAGGGGAUAGAGGUUAGGAAGCUGCUUUUGGAUGAUGUUUUUUGGGACUGUAGGACGGCCGUGCUGCGCCACAUGACUCCGGUCUACGAGGUUCUUUGCGCCGUUGACACACGGGCUCAAGUCAUGGGGCAGCUGUACAGCCUCAUGCUUGAGGCCACAGUGAAGACGACUAAGGCGGCCGAGGAGGCUGCCGCACACUUCAUCAAGCGGACGGGUCUGCUGUUGCACAAGGACAAGAGCACCUUUCUCACUGCCAUCAAGUCGAUCAUAGCCAGGAGGUGGGACGCUCAAAUGCACAACCCCCUGCACGCCAUCGGUUGGCUUCUCAACCCCCGUAACCAGUACAUCGAGGAGGUAAGGAACGAUCCCGAGAUUAGGAAGGGGAUGGAUGAGGUAAUCCAAGCCCGGGGAGGGGAUGUGCAGCAGCGCGUAACCCUAGCUGCACAGGUGGCUCAGUUUCACCGAGGGGAGGGCAGGCUGGGCUCUCACGAUGCCCGUUGGGCAGCAACGACCUUGGUGGAGGCGGGGCGCAUGAUGGAUGCGGAAUGGUGGUUCCUGUUUGGUGGGGAUGUGCAGGCGCCCCAAGGCUUGGCUGUGACGUCACUCUCACAGCCAGUCACCUCCUCCGAGGUGGAGCGCUAUUGGUCGGCGCUGGCACGUGUGCAGAGGCGCGACCGGAACCGCCUCACGGUGCAGAAGAUGACUGACGUCACCUUCGUCGCCUUCACCCGGCGGGCCUGUGAUGCCUAUGAUCGAAAGGCAGCGCUGAGUUCCAAGCUCUAUUCGGACCUGGGCAACGGCACCCUCAGAGAGGCUGCCAUCAACCCGGCCGAAGUGGAGGAGGAGGAAGGGGAUGCUGAAGAGGAGGGACAAGUGGAGGAGGAGGAAUACACCAUUGAUCUGUCGGAAUUUGGAAGCAUCGGCAAGAAGAGGAAAGGGAAGGCGGGUGAGUCAUCUAAAGGGAGGAAGAAGGGGAAGGGCAACGGUGCAUGCAGUGGAGAGGGGAAAGGAAAAGCACGGGAUGCGGAAGAGGAAGAGGAGGCGGAAGACAGCGGUGGGGAGGAGGAAGAGCCUGCCCAGAAUCCCAAGGGACGAUAUGCAUAUGCCUGGGAUUGCAGCGACGGUUCAAGUGGGGAGGAGGAAGAGGAGGACAAGGACGAAGAAGAGUAUGAGUUGAGAGUAGUGAAGGGACCUCCACAUGCCAGGGUUGCAGCGACGGUUUGA